CUCCCCUUCCGGAUACCGCCGAGCCCCUGUCGCGAGGAGAGGAAGGCGUCGCAGUGGCCGAUUUGGAAAAGAGGAGAAAGAUGGCGGAACUGGAAGAUGUUACGUUAGAUGGAAAGCCGCUUCACUCGCUCCGGGUUGCGGACCUGAAGGCCGCCCUGGAGCAGCGAGGGCUCCAGAAAAGCGGGCAGAAGAACGCGCUCGUCAAACGGCUCAAGGGGGCGCUCAUGUUGGAGAAUCUGCAGAAGCACUCCACCUCACACGCUGGCUUGCAGCCCAACUCGCAGAUCGGCGAGGAGAUGAGUCAGAACAGCUUCAUCAAGCAGUACCUGGCCAAGCAGCAGGAGCUCCUGAGGCAGCGGCUGGAGAGGGAGGCUCGGGAGGCGGCCGAUUCUGAAGAAGUGUCUGCGGAGUCGGAGGAAGAGACCUCCCUCCUGGACCUCAGUGCCUCGAAGCCGCCGGACCUGCAGUCCAUCCCAGAGGUGCCGGAGCAAAGCGGGAUGAGUGCUCCUUCCAGAGAGACGGACAGCCCCUCCGUACAGGAAGAGGAGGAGUCGCUGGAAGACAAAUCCGAGGGCUACGACAGCGGAUCCUGUCCAGCGGACCAGGAGGAAAGCCUCACUGCCUCCCUCCCCAAACGCAGGGCAGUGCCAGCCAGGGCUUCCCCUUCCCCUCAGCCCCGGCGCCGCUCUGGCACCAGAGGGGUCCGGCAGAGCCCGGCGCAGCCACAACCAGACGAACUGGACACCGAAAACCUGCUGGGUCCGGUUCCUGGUACCGCCUAUUCCCCAGUCCCAGAAAUACAGGCUGCAGAACCUGCCAGGUCCAGACGGUCCAGGCACUCAAGAGACAGCUCCUUCUCUCUGGAUCCCAGCUGCUCCCCGGUCCCUGAAAGGACCGCCGAUGGAGCAGAGCAGUCCCGGCCAAGACGGUCAUCUUCCAGGCAGAGCAAGGACUCUGUGGCUGCCCCAGGCGCAGUGUUGGUAAUGGCACCACUGGCGCAACAGAGUGGUCCUACUGAUCUGGUAGUCCACGCUGAAGCCCCGUCGCCUGGCCCCAGAGCUGUGGCUUCUCUGUCUGUCCGGGUGAUAGGUGGAAGCACUGAUUCCUCCGGCUCGGAGCCUUUGAUCACAGGGAGCUCUGUCCUAACGGCAGGCGUUGGUGGAGGAGUCGACGGGGAAACCAGAGGUGCGCCUCCCGCUCGCGUCAAGCCCCAACAGCAGGGGUCAGCCGAAAUGGACAAAGCCGUCGUGUUGACUGAGGGGGUCGGCAGUGUGGGGGUGGUGGUGGGAGGCGGGGAAGAGAAGGCAGCCCCCAAGGAAAGAUUGAGAAGGUCCAGGCAGUUGCGGGAACCCAGCCCCCCUCCUCCGGACCCCCCAAAUCCUGUGUUGAAAUGCGGGGCAGAAAGCUUCCCCCUCCCAGAUACCCCGAAACAGAGUCCCCCGGCUUCUGAGGAGCAAGCCCCCGAAGUGGGGUGUUCCCAGGUGCCCCAAAAGACAAAGAAAGAGAGGGAAGAAGGUGGGGGCAGCUCUUUUGAAGCAACAAAGAGACGAAGCCACCACAACCAGGAGCCAGGGCCUCUGAGUCGCCUUGCCAAGGCCAUGGAAGAAGAUGACGACGACGAUGAUGAUGAUGAUGACGAUGAUGACGACGAUGAUAAAGAGAAAGUGCUUAAUCUGACUUUGGAAAAGAGAGAAAGCGUGCCCGAAGUCGUGGAGAAGCCAGACAAUUUGCCUCCAGCAACGGCUGUCGGAAGCCUGACGCAAGCCUCUGUAGAAAAGGCCAACGCUAAGCUGGAGCUGCCCACAGAUGGCUCGCUUACGUUGGAACGAUCCAAGGAAAGCCCAGAAGCUCCCAGAGGAAGUCCCAGGGAGGUCCCAGAAAAGGGAGGGUUCGCUGAAACUGGGGAAAAGUCUAAGGAAUUGCCAGGGAAGGCUGGGGUUGUUUCUAAAACCCCAGAUAAGGCAACCGAGUCUUCCAGGGCACCAGAAAAAGUGGCAGAGGCACAGAAACCUCCAGAAAUGCUUGUUACACCUGCCAAGGUCUCCGAACCAGUGGCUUCAGAAAUGUUAGGGUUGGGGCAGACCUGCAGGUCAACUGAGAGGAAAGAGGCUGAACUGCCUGAAAAAGCAAAACAGAGUCCUUGGAAGAGUUCUCCAGCCGCAUUCAGAGUGGUUAGAGGGAGUGCGCCACCGAUGGUGGAACCGAAACCAGCUUUGGAGACCCCAAAAGAGGCCGAUCCUGUGACUGGAGAUCUGCCAGUUCGGGUUGCUACAGCCGCACCAGCGGAAAAAACAGCUGCUGAGAAAAUCGCAAGCGACGCGAAAUGGACAGAGACUGAAACAGAAAAACCGGAGGAUGCUUUGAUAGACUAUUCUUCUUCCGCGCCGGUGAAACGGGCAGUGCGGAUUCAUGAGCUCAAAGAAGGAGGACCGGAAAAGACCGCCAACCAGGCUGCUGGAGAAAAAGCAACCGAGUCGGAGAAACCUAAAAAUCCUAAAGAGGUUUUUGCAGCAAAGACAACGGACAAACGGGAGCAAACCACCCCGACAAUCGAGCCUAAAGAGGUUUCUAGAGAGAUCGGCCAGGCGUCCAAGAAAGGGACAGUCUCAAAACCUACAGGGGUUCCUGCUGUGCCUGAAAACCUCCCUCUAGAUCUGAAACUGCAGACAGUGGUCCCGCAGAAAGACACUGCAACUCCUAAAGAGGGUCCGAACAAAGACGCUGCUUCAGAAGAGGCCGAAGCAGCAGCAGAAGUUCCACCUAAAGAGGUUUUGCAGCCGGGUAAAGCAGCGGGAGUCCAGAUUAUCAAACUGGACAGUAGACGCGUCCUGCAGCCCGGAAAGGGAGGAGUCGGGGAGAUGGAAAAAGGGCCAGAGCAUGCCAGGGCUAGCGAGAGCCACCUUCCAUUGUCAAAACGGGGCAGGGAUUUGGGCACAUCGGACAAACGACAAGAGGAGACCGGAGAAAAAGGCGACGCCAAAACGUCCGGCACCGAAAAGGAGAGUUCUCUAAAAUCGGCGCAUCCCGAAAAGCCAGCAGAAGGGGACGGUUCAACAUCUCCCCAAACUCUGGUUAGAGAAGUCCCAACGCCAGACAAGACGGCACAUGAGGCUUCCAAACUCGCGGAAAACCUGACCGCCGAAAAGCAGAAGCAGGGAAUCAGCAAACAAUCUGUAGGGAGUCCAGCCGCUGAACCUACAGCAGGUGCGUCGUCGGAAAAACCCAAGGAGGCACAAGUUAGCCCCACACCCACUCUGCUGGCACCGCUGGUUCAACCCCCUCCCAAGAAAUUCAGAGUCUCGAGAGACACCCCUCCAUCUCCAGAGGCUGGGGCACCACCCAAAAAGAUCCGGUUUUUCAGGGAUGGGCCGCCGACUCCGGAGCACCCCAAAAAAAGCUUUCAAAUCCGGAGGUCGGCAGAAAGCAUCCCCGAACCAAAACCUGAGAAACCUAUGGUGGAGCAGGGGGAGAUGGAGAAGCCGGCUAGCCUGGAACGAGCUUCAGAGGCUGGGCAGCUGCCUAAGGAAUCUGGGGGAUCUACUUCCACGGAGGGACCUGGAGACGCUGCGAAGGAAACGCGUAAUGAAGGGGAGGCGGCAACCGCGACUGCAGAAGCGAGCCCUGCAGACCCCAAGAAAGGUUCAGAAAGUGGGUCCCUCGAAAGAGAAGGCCCCCCACUGCCAGUGGAAAAAAAAGGGCGGAAGCUAGAGCAGGGGAGUGCCAAAGAGCCUGAAAAGAAAGAGGCGGAGAAGACCCAGAGGCCUGAAAACGAUCCUCCGAAAAAGGCGGGAGGAGUUUCCCCCGAGAAGGAAAAGGAGAGCGGCCCUCCCAAGAGAAAAGCCAGCGAGAGCUCCCCCUUGGACAAAGACCUCCCCAAACCAGCACAGGAAGAAGCAGAAACAUCCAGCAGGCAACGUGCACAUAAAGAGACGCUUAAAAAACAGGAAGAUAAGACCCCCGCGGCGGCCGCCGGGAAACGGGCAGAAACGGCCAACUCUUCCACUUCCGAGACGCCCAAAUCCCCCGAGGGCCGGCUGAUGAAAGCUGCGAAGGAGCCGGAGAAGGAGCUCAUGGGUCCCAUCCUGCCACCCUCUCCUCCCCCAGAGGAGACGGAGAGCGGCCACCCGCCGACGCCACCCCUCUCUGCCCCCGACACGGAGAGGGAGAGGGGGAGGCGAAGCAGGGAGGAGGGAGCCUCUCCUUCCUCUCCCUCUUCGUCGUCGUCAUCAUCCUCAUCGAACUCGUCUUCCUCAUCUUCGGCCUCUUCCUCUCGUUCGUCCUCAUCGUCGUCUGCUUCCAGGUCGAGGUCGCCCUCUAGUGACAGGAGGUCUGUGAGCCCCCAGCGUGACUCUCUCUCCAGAGAUAGCGGUGCUUUUUGUCAGCCUGAGGGGUCCCCCGAUUCAGGGCGCCCUGACGACCCCCCCGUGCCUCGACACCAUGAGAGGCGCAAGAGACGAGCAGAGAGAGAGGAGGAGGAGGAAGGGGAGGAGGAAGGGGAGCGAGAGGAGAGAGCUGGGUCCAGCCGCAGCAAGAAGCCUUGUCUGACGGCAGAGGAAAGUGGUGGUGCUGCUGGAGCAGAAAGAAAGGACGAGAGGAGAGCUGGGGAAGGAGGGAGCAGAACAGAACAUGCAGCGAGUGAGCUGAAACGAGAGCCGUCGUCUGGUAUGAUGGAGCCGGAGAGCCGAGAGGAGAGCAGCAAGCCCAGUGAUGAGAGGGGGAGCAAGGGACGAGCAGAGGAGGGAGCUCAACUCAAAACAUUUACCUCCAGGAAGAUCUCGGUGCUGUCAGCCAGUAAGUCUCUCCCUGCAGUUUCCACUGCUGAGCCAGCAGGGGGCGGUGCAGGAGCAGCAGUCCCAAGUGGGGGAGCAGGGGGAGGGGAAGCGGACGGGGGCCCAUCUGGAAGGAAGAGGCGCUGGGGUUCGAGCACCGCCGUGACUGCCAAGAAACCUUCCAUCAGCAUCACAACAGAAUCGCUCAAGAGUCUGAUUCCUGAUAUGAAGCCUGUGUCUGCGGGAGGCCAGGAGGCCGUGCUGGAUUUGCACCCGGAUGAAGGGCGCCUGUCUGGGGAGGAGAACGAGAGGGGGGAGGGGAGAGGGGACCCCCGAGAGCAGGACAGGGGGCUUCAGAUCCGCAGGACUGUCACACAGGUGGUCCCUGCAGAGGCCCAGGAGAAUGGACAGAACGAAACGAGCAAGGAGGGUGGGGAGGAGGAGGAAGCUGGGGGAGAGGAAGAGGAGAGGAAGGAACCCCAGAGCGUAACCAUGGAGACCCAGCCUCCAGUCACCAGGGAAACGGAUGUCAAGAAAGCGACCCCUGGUGGCUCUCUAGUGCGGCGUUCCAUCAGCCAGCAGAAGAGCGGUAUGUCCGUCACCAUCGACGACCCGGUCCGGACCACCCAGCACCCCUCCCCUCCCCGCGGCAAACCCACCACCAUCGUGCACGUCUCCAACCUGGUCCGACCAUUCACACUGGGCCAGUUAAAAGAGCUGCUGAACCGAACCGGGACUCUGGUGGAAGAAGGGUUCUGGAUCGACAAGAUCAAAUCUCACUGCUAUGUCACGUAUUCCACGAUGGAGGAGGCAGUGGCCACGAGGACUGCGCUCCACGGGGUGAAGUGGCCGCAGUCCAACCCCAAAUUCCUUUCCGUGGAGUUUUCGGAGCAAGAUGAGCUUGACUUCCACAAAGGUCUGCUGCCGGACCUCCGGCCAGCAGAGGGCCCCAGACAGUUGAAGGACACUCUCCUCCAGCGCGCCCCCCCGCCCCCCUCCGGGCCCCCGCAGCCCCGCCUCUCGGACCGACCUGUCCGGGACCAGUGGGCAGAGCGAGAGCGGGAGAUGGAGAGGCGGGAGAGAGCGAGGGCGGAGCGCGAGUGGGACCGGGACAAGGUGCGGGAUUACAACAGCAAGCCACCGGCAACGGGGGGCCCAGCGGGGGCGCGCACAGGAGCAGAGGGGCCGGGGGCAGCCGGACGCAGGUCCCGGUCUCGAUCCCGGGACAGGAGGCGCAAGGAAAGGGCCAAAUCUAAAGAGAAGAAGGCGGAGAAGAAAGAUAAAGCCCCUGAGGAGCCUCCAGCUAAACUCCUGGACGAUCUCUUCUGCAAAACCAAGGCGGCUCCAUGCAUCUACUGGCUGCCACUAACACCAGAGCAGGUGGCGCUGAAAGACGUGGAGCGUGCUGAGAGAAUGAAAGAACGAAUCAAGCGCCGCAAAGAGCAGGAAGAGGAGGAGAAGAAGAGGGAGGAGGAGAGGACGCAAAGACUGAAGGAGCGAGAGAAAGAGGUGGCUGAGAAGGAGAGGGAGCGAGUGAGGCAGCUGGAGAAGAGGAGAGAGCAGAGGAGAGGAGGAGGAGGAGGAGGGGGAGGGGAGAGAGGAGGGGGAGGAGGAGGAGGAGGGGGCAGCAACAGAACACGAAGCCGCAGCAGGAGUACCCCUCCGCCCAGAGACCGAAGGCGUUGAGAAACAGACUGAAAAAAAAAAUAUAUAUAGAAGCUUGUUUCAGUUUUCUUUUUUUUUUUUUUUUUUUUUUUUGACGUUUUGACUGUUUUUAAAUGAGGGAGAUAAAAAAACCGAGAUGCAAAGCGAACAGUGACGUGACAAAAAAAAAAUAUAUAAAAUUAGCUACAAAUAGAGAGAGAGAGGGUUUUGAUUUGGGUGUUUAAUUGGAAUGGAGCUGUCUUCAAACAAGGCUGAGGAUUUUGUUUUUAAUUAAGCAAGCUUCGUGAAUUUAGAAAAUUAAACGUGACCGAGAGAAACAAACGAUAAAACUAGCGUGAGUGGUAAAAUGAAACGGAGACAGACUUUCUGAAAUGAUUUUAAAAAAAAAUGCCUUUAACAAAACGAGCACAAUAAAGCAAACGGUGCAUUUAAAUUGAAAUUACAAAUUCAUCCCGGUCGGUCCUUCUGUCUGUCUUUAAUUGAAUAAGACCGAGAAACUCCUCUUAACCGGUGACAAAGGAGAUUUAAUUUUUUUUUUUUUUUUAUAUAAAACUGCAGAAACAAUACGAGAGAACAGUGAAACAAAGCGAUCUUCAAUAAAACAAGUGUUUUACAUCAUCCUCUAAUCUGAAAUUGCUCUCUCUCUCUCUCUCCUCUCCCUCUCUCUCUCUCUCUCUCUCUCCCUCUUUCUCUUUCUCUCUCUCUCAUAUCCCCACUAGUUCCUCUUUCUAGUUGGGGUUUUGCAUUUAUUUGAAACAAUCUGAGUGUUCUUGUUCCCCCUCUCUCUCUCUCUCUCUCUCUCUCUCUCUCUCUCUCAAUCUUGCAUGAGGCACAACAACGUGAUGCUUUUAUUUGAAAAAAUACAAUACAAAUCCGUUUACAUUUUGAAAGAAUAUUCCAACUUUGUUUUUAUUUUUAUUUGCUGAAAAACAACCCCAUAAAUUAAAAUAAUUAUCCUCCUCCCCCCCCCCCCCCCCCCCCUCCAUCUCCCGUUCCAGAAAGGAGAGCCCAACACUCUCGUGUCCAGGGGAACUAAAAUUUGGUUUCUCUUUUUUGCAGCGCGUUCCUUUUGAAUCCUAUUACAUGAACGAACAGAAACUGCUAAUUUUGGCCACUGAAUAAAUUUCAAGCAAAAUCAAUAUCAAACGUUUGUAUCGGCAAAUACCAACGACUAUAGCGUUUUGAGAGUGGCA